GUAUCCCUUGAAACAAAAUUAUUGAAGGUGACAAACAUAAGUACAGCUCUCCUUACUAUUUAUUUAGACACAGCCCAAGAUCUACAGAAAGUGAAAUCUAAGAAACCAGAUCCAUAUGUUGUCUUAACAGUAGGAAAAGUACAACAGAAGAGUAAAGUUAAGAAACACACCGUCGAUCCUGUGUGGGAACAAGGAUUUUCACUUCUUGUUGCUAAUCCUGACAGUGAUUCAUUGAAUCUCAGUAUUGUCGACAAGAAUAGUGACAGUAAAUUGGACCAACUUGUGUACAGCAUAAAAAACCUCUUUGAUUUUCCGGAUUUGCAAAUCAGUAAAGAAGAAUUCCCACUCACGAACUCUGGAAAAAUUAUACUUUCGUUGCAACUGAGGAUUUUGAAACAUGAGCAAUUUGUAUGUGACGAAAGUUCAUCAGAUUCUGAUACUGAAGAAUUCUCAAGGACGCACUCUGUCAGAUCGUCGACCAUGUCGCAUAGAUCAAUAUCAUCUUCAAGUGGUAACUCACCACCGCCUAAAUCUCCACAACCAAUAGCAGAAGUUUCAGAAGUAGGAGAAGAUACUAUCAAAAAAUCUUCCAGCACUUCCCAAAAUUUGAUGAGAAAUCCAAGUUUUAGAGUGUCGUCACCGAUAACUGUGAUCCUAUAUUCGAAGAAACUUUUGAAUACCUCCUCUCUUUAUCAGAGCUUCCAAACAAUAAGUUAGUUUUGACUGUUAAAAGCAAGAAAAUAUUUUUCAACUCUAAUAUCAUUGGUCAGGUUAUUGUAAACUUCAGGAGCUUCACAAACUUACAAGAACCUUUUAGAGAUUGGUUUGAAUUGUCACAGGCUGAAGAUUCGGACUAACAUAAUUUAUCAAUAGAGGAAUCAAAGUGUCUUAUAUUAAUUAGAAAUAUAGUUUUUAAAGAAAUCACUAACAAGAUCAAGCUAUAAUGAUAUUAUCAAUAGUACAUGUACAAGCUUUUUGUGAGAAUUAUUAUGGAAUAAAUUGAAAAUGAAUCUCAAUAUCGUAUCUACAGUUUUGAGUUACUAGUUACUCGUACCAGAAUAUUCAACUAUUAUAUUAUAGUAUAGGGAGCAGCAUAGCUUAUAAAAAUCGUCAGUAACACCACGAAGCUCAAUAAAUUGGUGGAUGUUAUUACCUCCUCAAAUGCCCUUCA